AUGCUUUCUUAUGCUGGUAGGCUUCAGCUUAUCAAAUCAGUGUUGUUUGGUGUUCAGCUGUACUGGUGUCAAAUUUUUAUGAUGCCUAAAAAGGUUAUGAAGGAGAUUAAGAGGCUCUGUAGGAGUUUCUUGUGGAUUGGUACUGAUGUAGGGUCCAGAAAAGCUCGUGUAGCUUGGGAGAAUCUUUGCUUACCCAAGACCUGUGGUGGUUGGAAUUUGAAAGAUGUCACCACUUGGAACAAAGUUGCUGUGCUUAAACACUGCUGGGCACUUUCCAUGAAGCAAGACGGACUCUGGGUUAAGUGGAUGCACACUUAUUACAUACAACAGAGGGACUUUUGGUCAAUGCCAAUUCCUAAUGGCCUUACCUGGUCAAUGAGGAAGAUUUGGCAUCAAAGAAACAUUUUGUUGCAGGCAGGGGGUGGAAGUCAGUUUGUAGUGGCAGGAAAGUUCAGAAUCCAUAAAGCUUACAAACAUUUGCAUCACAAUGGUGUGCAGUUGACUGUCCAGAAUAGACUUGCUACCAAAGACAGACUCAUAAAGUGGAAUGUUCAUGUUGUGAGUACUUGUGGCCUGUGUAACCAGCAAGAUGAGGAUCUUUCUCGCCUUUUCUUCUCCUGCAAGUACUCUACUGAAGUUUGGGAGAUUGUGUUGCAAAAUCUGGGGAUUCAGAGGUGUAUCUUACAGUGGCAAAAGGAGGUUAGUUGGGAAGUGAAGAAGAGUAGGAGCUCAAGGAAAUCUGAUGUCAGUUGUGCAAUGGAAUUCAUUGAGACUGUAUAUGGGAUAUGGCUGCAAAGAAAUUCUCAAAUUUUUUCUAGCAAAGUAGAGUCUCCUCUGGUUGUUGCUAACAAAAUCCUCUUCUGUGUAGGCUGUAGAAAUUACUUGUUGUUUGUGUUGUUUCUUUCUUUGGCUAAUGCCUAG